CUCGGAGUGAUCUUCAAAAAGAAAAACGAAGGUCAGGAAAGAAAAGUCCACGUGCUCUAUAAAAGUGUUCCCCUUCUUAAACAAACCGAUCCGGGUGCUCCAUAAAUCUAUGAGAACAAUGUCCGAAACAUCAUAAAGCCACACAACAAAACCAGAGAGAAGUUGUCCCUAAAAAUCUGGUAUAUGCAAAGUAGGAAAAAUAAUCUGAAAGAGAUAAUGGCGGAUGUAGCGGAGAAAGAAAGAGAAGCCAUGCUAGAUCGCAUGUUGACAAGAUUAGCGCUAACAGACGACAACAAACUGGAAACAGUUUUAUCAAAGCUACUUCCCUAUGCAAUUAAUUCUAUAUCCUCUCCCCUUCCAUCCACCAGACAAAAGGUGAUGGAGAUGCUGACACACAUAAACAAGCGUGUAAAAGACCAACCAACAAUUCGCUUGCCUAUAUUGGAUUUGUGGAACUUAUAUCAGAGUCUUGAUGCUGCCCCAAUUGUCAAGAAUUUUUCAAUUGUGUAUAUUGAGAUGGCUUUUGACCGUUUGCCUAUGGAGGAGAAAUUGAACUUCGCUCCUGAGUUGCUAUAUGGCCUUUCGAAGUUGCCUGUUCAGCAUCAAGACAUAUUAUUGCGAAUUGUUGCACAGAACAUGGAGCAUCAUGCCAAUCAAAUUGAUGAAGCAGUUGCUACAAAAUAUAAGAAAAUUAAUGGGGCUGAAGACUGUCAGUUGUUCUUGAUGUUUUGCCUCCAGACCAUCCUCUAUCAACUGCCUCCAUCAAAUGGAGAAGGUCCACCAGGGCUUUCAAUAGUGCAAAGCCGUCGUAUUACUGGAAAACAUGUCCUCAAGGGUGAGCAACUUCAAAGGAGAAAGCUAGGAAUGCUAAAUGUGGUAGAUGGAAUGCUUGUUGCUGCUGAACUAGUUUAUCCUUUGUAUAUAGCAGCUAGUACUGACAGUCAAGAGAAUGUUUCCAGAAAGGGGGAGGAGUUAUUGAAAAGGAAAGUGGCUGAUGCUAACCUAGAAGAUCCUGCACUAAUAAAUAAUCUCUUUUCCCUUUUUCAAGGUACAGUUAGCAAUGAAGGAAUCACUUCUGAGGAAAGGAUAAAUCCAGCUAGCACAGGACUGAAAGCCCGCUUAAUUUCAGUAUUUAACCAUUCUAUUAGAGCAGCAAACUCAUUUCCAGCCACUCUUCGAUGUAUUUUUGAUUGCAUAUAUGGAAAUGGAACAAAUUUAAGGCUGAAGCGUGCUGGAAUGGAGUUCACUGUUUGGGUAUUCAAACAUGCAUCUGAAGAUCAAUUGAAGCUCAUGGGACCUGUUAUUUUAAGUGGUGUUUUAAAGUUUCUUGAUGGGAUAGCAACUGUUGAAUCAGAGUUUUCCUUGCGGGAGAUCAAAGCCUUUUCUUAUCAGGCUAUUGGGCAGCUUGCUCCACGAGCACCACAACUGUUCAGAGGAAAUACAGAAAUGGCAGCUCGUCUUUUUCAAGCUCUAAAGCAGGAGGAUCCUUCUAUUCGUUUUACAGUGCAAGAAGCACUUAAUUCACUUGCUGCAGCAUACAAGGACUCUGGCGAGAUGGUGUUGAAAAAACUGGAUGAACUUCUCCUGGAAAAUUGUCAAGUGGUGGAAAGUGAAGCAAGAUUUUGUGCUGUUCGUUGGGCUACAUUAUUGCGUGGCUUCGACCAUUGCCCAAGUCGGUUUAUCUGUAUGCUUGGAGCUGUGGAUAUUAAGAUGGAUAUAAGGGAGAUGGCUCUGGAAGGAUUAUUUCCUCGAAAGCAAGUUGACAGAGUGGUAAAUCAGUCCAGUCAAUCUGUGGAAGAGAAAUUUCCUCCAUUGAAAGAAAUGACAGAUUAUAUCUGUAAGUAUGAGCCAAAGGUUCAGGCGCCUGUGGCAGUUGGAGAACGCAAUCUUUUGUUCCCAACUGCAAUGUAUGUAGCCAUGAUAAGAUUUCUGCUGAAAUGUUACGAGGCUGAAUGUGGUCAGGCUUUACUAGAAGAUAAUAAAAGAGUUAUUCCACAGAAUGAUGCUACAGUGAUGUCAUUUUGCUUGUUGCUUGAGCAUGCUAUGGCAUAUGAAGGUUCUGUAGAAUUGCAUGCAACUGCAUCAAAGGGAUUGCUCAGUGUUGCUUCUCAUAAUCAACAGAUAGUUGCAUCAAGAUAUGCUGAAUGCCUUCCAUGGCUGAAACAAUAUAUAGGUCACAUAGACAUGGACACUCGUGAGUCUAUAGCUCGUUUAAUGGGGAUCACAUGUUCAGCCUUAUCUGCUUCUUCAUCAUCUGUUCUGAUUCAGGAACUUUGUUCUAAGUUUAAAGUUUCUAACAAAGGAAGAUUUGAAGAUAGUCAUGGAGCUAUCUGUGCUACUGGUUAUGUGCUAGCACAGUGUAUGACAGGAACUCCUCUUAUUCCAAGAGAUGUCCUGCAAACUUCGUUAAUGGCCUUGGUGGAUACCAUCAAUUCCCAAAGUAUAUCUUUGGCUGGAACAGCUGCCGAGGCACUUGGUCAUGUAGGGUUGCGAGGCCGGUUGCCUCUUUAUGGGCAUGGUUACAAUUUUCACCAUUCUUCCAAAACUACAGAUGUGGGGCCAUCCACAGAAGGGAUACACGGGGAAAACAUUUCCGAACAAGGAGUGUCUGGACAUGAUUCAAAUGCUAUUGGGGAAGAUAUAUCAAUGUGUAGGACAACGGCAGAACCUGAAGAUUCAUCUCUAAGCUCUUUAAUUGUACGUCUGAAGGAGUUGCUCACUUCGGAUGAUAACAAGGUUGUUCAGAAGGUUGCUAUUGCAUUAGGUCAUAUAUGCAUUGGAGAUACAUCUCCAAGUCUCAUGGACAUGGUGCUUGAUUUAGUUUUCAGUCUAAGCAGGUCAAAGGUUGAAGAUUUAUUAUUUUCUGCAGGGGAGGCUUUGGCAUUUAUAUGGGGUGGAAUCUCUAUCACAGCUGAUGAUAUCCUGAAGUCAAGCUACACUUCACUUUCUUCAUCUUCAAAUUAUCUUAUGGGUGAAAUUGCUACACAUGGAGCUAAUGAUAGUAUGGUUGUAGAAAGUGAGGUGGCUGAUGAUGGUCAUGUCAAGGCCAGAGAGAAAAUAACAAAAAAAUUAUUUGAUGAGCUCCUUUAUAGUAAUCGAAAAGAAGAACGGUGUGCAGGUUCUGUUUGGCUUUUGUCCUUAACAAUUUAUUGUGGGCAACAUCCAAAGAUUCAAGAACUACUUCCUCAAAUUCAGGAAGCCUUUUCAUAUUUACUGGGAGAGCAGAAUGAUCUCACACAAGAGAUGGCAUCACGAGGCAUGAGCAUUGUCUAUGAGCUUGGUAAUUCAUCGACAAAAAGUGAACUGGUCAAAGCUCUUGUUAGUACAUUGACUGGUACAGCAAAUAGGAAACGAGCUGUCAAGUUGACAGAAGAUUCAGAAGUAUUUGCAGAGGGAAGUAUUGGAGAAAGACCCGGUGGUGGGAAAUUAAGCACAUAUAAGGAACUUUGCAGUCUAGCAACUGAAAUGGGGCAGCCGGACUUGAUUUAUAGGUUCAUGGAUUUAGCCAAUUAUCAAGCAUCUCUAAAUUCCAAGCGUGGUGCUGCUUUUGGAUUUUCUAAAAUUGCAAGGCAGGCAGGCGAUGUGCUCAAGCCUCAUCUACGUUUGCUUGUGCCAAAGCUUGUCCGUUAUCAGUAUGAUCCAGAUAAAAAUAUCCAGGAUGCAAUGGGGCAUAUAUGGAGGUCACUUGUGGCUGAGCCAAAGAAGACUGUUGAUGAAUUCUUUGAUGACAUUAUUGAGGAUCUAUUGGCACAAAGUGGGUCUAGACUCUGGCGCUGUCGUGAGUCUUCAUGUAUUGCUCUUGCAGAUGUUCUCCAAGGGCGCAAAUUUGAUCAGGUGGGAAAAUACCUGGAGAGAAUCUGGAUCACAGCUUUUCGUGCUAUGGAUGACAUAAAGGAAACUGUUCGGAAUGCUGGUGACAGUCUCUGCCGAGCGGCAAGUUCGUUAAGUACAAGGCUAUGCGAUACAUCCCUCACAGACAGAAAUGAUGCAAGUGCAACAAUGGCUAUUGUUUUGCCAUUUAUGCUUUCUCAGGGUAUGAUGAGCAAAGUUUCAAGUGUGCAGCAAGUUUCAAUCAAAAUGAUCAUGAAACUUUCUAAGGGUGCUGGGGAUGCAAUUCGACCCCAUUUACCAGAUUUGGUUUUCUGUAUGUUAGAAAGCCUUUCAAGUUUAGAAGAUCAGAGGCUCAAUUAUGCAGAGUUACAUGCAGAAAAUGUUGGUAUUCGAAGAGACAAGUUUGAAAACUUGCGUAUUGCUGUUGCGAAAGAUUCCCCCAUGUGGGAGACCCUUGAUCUGUGUCUAAAAUAUGUUGAUCUUCCUACUCUAGAACUAUUAGUUCCUCGAAUUGUUCAGCUUGUUCGUUCAGGAGUGGGACUAAACACACGGGUUGGUGUUGCAAGAUUUAUAAGUCUACUUAUUCAAAAAGUUGGUAUGGAUAUAAAACCAUUCGUAAGCACACUAUCAAAGGUUUUGUUCCCAGCAGUUCAGGGAGAGAAAAGUUCAGCAGGGAGGCGAGCAUUCGCAUCUGCCUGUGGAGACUUGCUGAAAUAUGCCAGUUCUGCUCAAGCACAGAAGAUGAUUGAGGAUACUGUCGCAUUGUACACUUCUGACAGUGACAGGAGCACUCAAGUGGCAAGUGCUCUUCUACUUAAAAAUUUCUCACAUCGAGCUGCUGAAACUGUCAAGGGAUAUCACACCAUAGUUCUCCCUGUGGCUUUUGUGGCAAGGUUUGAUGAUGAACAGGAGGUUGGCAGCCUUUUUGAGGAGGUAUGGGAGGAGAACUCAAGUAGUGAGAGUGUUACGCUUCAGUUAUAUUUGCCUGAAAUAGUUGCUGUACUUUGUGAUGGAAUGCUAUCAUCAUCAUGGACAAACAAGAAAAAGUCUGCAAAAGCAAUGAUAAAACUGGCAGAAGUUCUAUGUGAAUCAUUGGCACCAUUUGUUCAAGACUUGUUGAAAUUCCUUGUGAAAGAAAUACCUGGACGCAUAUGGGAGGGAAAGGAGGUUGUUUUGGACGCGACUGCUGCUAUUUGUAAAGCAUGCCAUGAUGCAAUAUCUCAGAAUGACCCCAUUGGUCCAGAUGCCCUCAUCACUGCUGUAUCUUCAGCAUGCACCAAGAAAAAAAAGUCUUACCGUGAUGCAGCAUUUCUUUGUUUAGAAAAUAUAAUCAAGGCAUUUGGAAAACCAGAAUUCUUCAAUAUGGUUAUGCCUUUCUUAUUAGAGAUAUGCAUUCAAAACUCUUUGGGUAAAACUGAUCGCACUGGUUCAUUCUUGAAUGACAAUAAUGCAGACGAAAAUGAACGAGACACACCAUCACCUCACGAAAAAGUCUUGGAUUGCAUAACUUCUGUCAUCAAUGUUGCCAAGGUACAAGACAUUCUUGAGCAGGGAAAGAACAUAAUUGCAGCAUUUCAUAAUACUCUUCAUCCUGGAAAUUCAUGGCAAGUUAAGUUAUCAGUUUUUCUGGCAAUCCAAGCAUUGUAUCGAAGGCUUCGUCUUGCCACCUCAGAAGCUAGUAGCAUUUCUUCUGAUGAAGGGGCUCUUAUAAAUACCUUGAUCAUUGAGUCCUUUCAAAUUUUAAUCCCAUUGAUUCUCGAGUGCAUAAGCAGCAUAAAAAUUGCACAGGUCCACGUGGCAGCAUUUGAAUGCCUAUUUGACAUGAUAGAAUUAUCUUGCUUUCACUCUAGUCAGAAGAUUGAUAAAUCUUUGUACAAUGAAUUAUUGCAGUUGUAUAAUGUAGAGAAAAAUGAAUCUGCCAAAUCAAUAUUGAAAAGAUCAUUAGGCUUGUUGGAAGAGUCCUUCAAGACUGUGAUGCAGGAUUAGCACGAGUAUGGCUUAAGCCAAUUUUGGUGAUAUGGGUUGGUUUUGGAGUUGUGAUGCUUGUCUGGAUCGGACAAGAUUAUGUCUCCAUAUCAGGAAGUUGAAGUAAUUACUCCCCCCCCCCAAAAAAAAGUAGUGAAGUUCUAUUCAUGCUUAAUAAUUGAUUGUAUUUAUUAUUUUUUGAUCUUAUAUUCUUUACUUGGUAGCCUAUCCUUCAAGUUGUUGCAAGAUUUCUUCUGCAUCUUGGUUGUGUAGCUGCUCACCCAACUAGCCAACUAUAAUGGGAGGUGAUCCCUACCGAAAUGCAAGUGUGGCUAGUGCGGAAGUAGUGCUUUUUGGAUAGUGAGUGACCCUAUGGACAGUAGGGCCGACCCCAGCUAUGGAUAUAGGGGCUUGAACAGCAAGGGUUUGAUCAUAAAUGUCAGGUUUCAAAACCCCCAACAGUUUAUCACAAGGCUGGGGCUCCAGUCGUAGUUUUUUAAAUAAUUGAAUUUGAAUCUUUGUAAUAAACUUCCCAUAAUUAUAUGCUGUGCAAGUCCUCUAUUUAAACUUCAACCAUUAAAUCUAUUCUCAGGAAAAAUUUAGUGGACAAUGUUGAAUAUCGUAGAUAUAUUAUAAUUGAUCUGGAAUCUUCGCAAUCA